CGAACGAUCAACUAAGCUGGCGUUGCUUUUGAAACGUUUCAAGGAGUUAUCAAACCUGUUGAUAAGCGUGAACAACCUGUUACCACUUGACAAUAACGCAAACUGUGAAGUAAUAUAGACCUGAUUUCUAACUAAUGUCGCCUACAAUUGUUAAAUAUGGUUUCCUACCCAUCAAGAGGACUGUGUUUUUUCUCUGUGAUUUUCAGGAAAAGUUUAGGCAAAUGGUGCAUUUUAAUGAAAUUGUAGAGUCAGCCAAAAAGCUGAUUUCAACUGCAAAGUUAAUGGACAUCCCUUUGAUUGUUACUGAGCAGUAUCCGAAAGGACUAGGAAAUACAAUAUCAGAAUUAGAUAUUGCACAUGCUAAAGGUGUUUUUCCAAAGACAAAAUUUAGUAUGGUUGUGCCAGAAGUCUCAAACCAACUUGAUUCUCUAUGCGGUGGGAAUGUACAGUGUGUUGUUUUAUUUGGUAUUGAGGCCCAUGUGUGUGUAGAACAGACAGCGGCAGAACUUUGUGCCUCAGGAUUGCAAGUGCAUGUUGUUGCAGAUGCUUGCACAUCAAGAACUCAAGAGGAUAGGCUGCUAGCAUUCAAACGUUUGCAGCAAAUUGGUUGUUUCGUUGCAACAUCAGAAAAUAUAAUCUUCAAGCUCCUUGGUGAUAAAGAAAACCCCCAUUUUAAAGAAGUUUCAGCAUUAAUUAGACAACCUAUCACAGCCACUGGUCUUGUGUGAUUCUAUUUUCAUUUUUACAGAAAAAAUGAAUCACAUAAUUCCAUUUUUAAUGUAAUUAAUAUUAAUUAUUCAACCUCAAUAAUUUUAUGUCUUUUUUUAGAUUGUACUAUUUCUCAUUUUUUAAAAUAUUUGGUAAUUUAACAUAAAAUUAAUGGUAAGGAAUAUAAAAGUAUCUAGGUAUAUUUAUU